AUGACUGAAUCCUAUGGCAACCAGAUGGGGUACACUCUUGAGUCCUUUGAAGUGAACAAGGAGAUUGAUGUCAAGAAGGAUGAAGAGACCAGCAACCUUGAGUCCUCUAUUGGUGGCUGGGAUGACUGGUACAUUGGCCUUGAGUACUACCUUGGAGGUGCCCAAUUCUAUGGUGGCUGGUGGGGUGAGUUGUCUUCCACUAAAGGCAAUGCUGACCCAGUUGCACGAUUCCUUGAAGCCCACUUCUCCAGCCCUUCAGCCAAAGCUAUCCAUGAACAGUUUGAAGCCGAUGUUUGUGAUUGCCUGUCAAGCAACACCAAGACCUUUGCCCAUGCCCAUGACUGCAAAAUUGAUUACUUUGUCCACUUCCCCGACAGUGGUCCUGUCAUUGUGACCACUGAGUAA